AGUCUGGUUUGACAGCUUCGUACAACAGCUUUAUUAUUUUUUAAUUGUAAUCCUCUCCUCUUAUACAGUCAGCAGCUGCACUGACCGUCUCCAGACAUAGUACAAGAGGUCUACAGCCUGAUUUUCUGUUCCCCAUGGGGUGUCCACUUCUACUGUGUUUGGCAGUGUUGCUCUUUAUGAGCAGCUUGGCAACAGGACAAAGCACAUUCCCAACAACAACAACUCCAGACAACUUGGAAACAGGACAAAGCACAGAACUACCAACAAUUCCAGGUCCACCUUUUUUCCCAGUCGGACCUGAAGCGAUAACCCUUACUCACAGUGAUGGAUAUUAUGAACAAAUUCUGCUGGAGCAACCAUUCUUGUACGCUGGAAAAUUGUACCAUGAGCUCUAUCUGAGUAUGGAUGGUUAUGUGGCUUUCUACGUUCCAAAUAUCGAUGAUGAACUUCCCAAUCCACAACUUGGCAAAGACGUCAUCGCUCCACUGUGGACCGAUAUAGAAGCUGACCAGGGAGGAAGAUGGACCUACGAGCAGGCGACAAACGGCUCUCUUAUAGAAUUAGCUACGACUGAAAUUAACAACAUGUUCCCCGGUGUGAACUUUUCUGCUUCCUGGGUUUUUGUCUCCACUUGGGAAAAUGUACCACUUGAAGUGGCGUCAGGGGUUGUGUCACUUCAAGUCGUCUUGGCCUCGAAUGCUGGAGGUGUCUCUUUUAUCCUCAUGAACUAUGGGACUAUUCCCUCUAUUCCCUCUAUUUACUGGCUGGCCGGUUAUGACAUGGAAAACAGUGAUUUUGUCACCAUUUCAUUAAACGAUUCCUCUGAGCUGUCUUCAACCAGUAACGUCUAUAUCCCUGGUCGCUGGGCUUUUCCGGUUCACACUGCAUCUAUAGGUCCUCCUGUUCCUGAAAUUUUCUAUCCAUACUUGCAUGGCACAGUACUUGAUUAUACUGGAAGUGUCUUUCAAAUUCCACUUCAGCAGGCAUUCCGGUUCUUUGGAUCCUAUAAGUACACAAUAUACGUGAAUAAGGAUGGUGUACUGACGUUCUCUGAGCCUCUUGAUGAGCCCAGUAGCAAUAAUACUGACAAUAUUAACACUGACUUCAUCGCUCCACUCUGGACUGACUUUGAAACUGAGAACAGUGAAAAGAUUGUCUAUCAGGAAGUCACCAGUGGUCCUCUUCUGUCCCGAGCGACACAAGACAUUAAUAAUAUGUUCCCAGGGAAUUAUUUUUACGCUUCAUGGCUUGUUAUAGCCACUUGGGAAACGAUGUCAUUUGAAAACAACACAGGGAAUGCAACAUUCCAAGCAGUCUUGGUUUCGAACGGUGCAGAUGUGUCUUACGUCAUGCUGAACUACGGACCAAUUGAUUCUACUGAUCAGUUCUGGAUGGCUGGCUAUGCGUCAACAGACGGUAACUCCUAUUUCAUUCAAGAAGCAGACACCUUUAACCUUUCUUCAAGUAGUAACGUCCAGAUUCCUGGUCGCUGGGUUUUCCAAGUCGCCACGCCACAAACAACACCCUGUCAAUAUUUGAGCUGCGCUUGGAAUGAAGCUUGUAUGCCGAUUAAUGGAGCAUAUGGCUGUGGCUGUGGGGACUACAAUACAAGGCCCAACCCGGACACUUUUGACGCCACUGAAACAUGUUCAGGCAGCAGUGGAUCACUGUCUCUCUCUCGCUGUCAGCUCUUUGAGGCCGGAUAUCCUGCAGAGGUUCUCCACCUCAACGACCGAAACUGCAUUGGGCAGCUCGACUAUGACAGGCUGGUGUUCAGCUUUGACAGUAAUGCCAACAUGUGUGGCACAACUCUGGAGAAUAACAGCACGCACAUCAUCUUCAAGAACAACGUUGGAUCGACCGACGGAAUGGGUGUGAUCAGUCAUGUUGGAGGGAUAAAUAUCGCCUUUUCCUGCGUGUAUCCACUCAUCCAGAGCAUCUCCAUGCCCAUGGCCAUCGAAGCUUCUAAAACUGUAUUAAGCAAGGAACUGUCUACUGAGGGCUCAUAUCAGAUCAGCAUGAUCCCGUAUCCCGAUGCUUCAUUCCAGGUUCCAUACUCUGGCAGUGUGACCCUAGAAGUGAACCAACAGAUAUAUGUAGCUGUGCAAGUGGAUCAGUUUAACAGCAAUCAGAUUGGUCUUGUGCUGGACAGCUGCUGGGCCACGCCCGUCAACCAGAUCGACUAUUACAUCCGCUGGGACCUGAUCGUUAAUGAUUGUCCAAACCCCGCAGACGGCACGGUGGCGGUGUUGCAGAACGGCGUCUCAACAUCCAGCCACUUCUCCUUCAGGAUGUUCACAUUCACCAGUUUCCCUAACCAGAUCUACCUGCACUGCCAGGUCCAUCUCUGUCUGCUGGAGUCAGGCAACUGUGCACAGCCAUGCGAUGGACAAUUUCUCAGAAGACGCCGAUCUGUAGAUGUCUACGACUCAGCUGCAAUUAGCAUGGGAUUCUGAUCUGUUUACAGUUGAUGUAACAGUACUACUUUUUUCUUCUUCCGUUUUAUUCUAGAACUAAUCAAAGUACUGCUUUGCAUUUAAAAAAAAAUAUAAUCAUGAAGGCAAAUGGUGUUAAAGUUAUAUUACAGGUAUAGUUAAUAAAUAUCCUGAAAAGUUGCAUAUGUGAUUUCAAAUAUGCUUUCUUAUCAUUAAAAAUGUUAAUGAAUUAUUUUCUGUACUGCCUUUAUUUUUCUAUCUAAUCAUUGAUAAUAAAUCUCUCAAGCAUCUUA